AUGUCUUCCACUCUUUUUUUAAAGCAUCUUCUCAUAGGCGCGACCCUUUUGCCAGGCUUUGUAUUCUCUUCUCCGGUGGCCAACCCAGGCAGAGUUACCGUUCCAGCUUCUUUGGAGACCAUUAAACCCGAUGUCAUUCAGCAUGGAUUUUUGGAUGACGCUGCCCUUGAACGUCUCCAAGAGUCUUUAACUAGGUCAACACGACCAACACCAUCACCCAAGCCCAACAGGGUCAAGAGGCAGAUGACAAGCACGGCGCAAGGAUCGCUUACCAUCGCGACAAGUGAUGCUUUUGUAUCCAUUGAUGUCGGGGACAUCAACCGUGUCGACAGCAACCCAGCAAAUUGCCACUCUGAAACGCUUAACGGGCCAAUUCAGGGUCUACAGGUGUUUAUGGGUGCCGCUAACCUGCGUGCAAUGAAUGUUACCAGCUCGAGUGGCAACACGAGCUCCAUCACGACCAAGCUCGACAACAACAAGGAUGCUGGCGAUUUCACCUUCGAGAAUAAUGAGCGCAUUAAAGAAUUCUGGGUUCUUGAGAGCCAAGGCAACUUCCUCGGCUUCAACUUCACCACCGCCAACGGCAAAACCUACUCUGCUAUGGCCACUACUCUCCGAGACCCGCCUCCAAUGGUCAAGGUUCCUAUCGGCUCAGGCAUCCUUAGUCGUAUUCGCGUACAGUACUGCGAUAUAGGCCUCAUCGGUCAUGUAGGCUGGGAUUUCCUCGACGAUCUCCAGUCUGUGAGUAUCAGCAACCUGGCCUACUCUGGCUUCACGGACAACAUCAUGCCGUCCGGACCGGGCACAACCGUCACCGUUGGAUCUCAAAUCCUCGACAACCGUAAUUCCAGCACGGAGCAAAUGAUAACUAUCCAGACCAUCGACGCCGUCACCAAGUCUCACACGGUCAGUGUAAAUAACCAGUGGACUGUCGGCAACAAGGUCUCGGUUGAGACUGAGGCCGGCAUUCCAUUCAUUGGCAAGUCGAAGGUUUCCACCGAAUUCAAUUGGCAGGUUGGGAAGACCACGACCGAGGAAGACUCUGAGUCCGAAACGGUAACCAAGUCAUCUACCGUCAACCUUAAAUGCCCUGCUAAGAAGUAUUGCGUGGGCUCGUCUUUCUAUACCUCUUUUAAGAUGGACGUCGAUGUUGAGGCUACUUUCCGCGCAAAGACCAAGUCAGGCAAAGACUUCUUCUGGGUGCAGAAGGGCAAGUACUCUGGUGCCGAUUCCCUUGCACUGCAGCUGCAGGUUGACGAAGCUGACAAUGUCAUCCGGCGCGGUAUUGCAAAGGAGUUUUGA